AUGUCCAACCAAAGCACCGUGACCGAGUUCCUGCUCCUGGGCUUCUCUGACAUCCGGGAGCUGCAGAUUCUGCACUUUGUGGUGUUCCUGGUGCUUUACCUGGCGACCCUGAUGGGGAAUCUUCUCAUCAUCUUAGCCAUUGCCCUCGACCGCCGUCUUCACACCCCCAUGUACUUCUUCCUGGGCAAUCUGUCCAUCCUAGACCUUGGCUCCAUCUCUGUCAUCGUCCCCAAAUCCAUGGCCAACUCCCUCCUGGACACCAGGGUGAUUUCCUAUCCUGCCUGUGUCGCCCAAGUCCUUCUCUAUUUACUCUUCGCUUCAACUGAUCUUGCUCUUCUCACCGUCAUGGCGUAUGACCGAUACGUCGCCAUCUGCCACCCGCUGCAUUAUGAGCGAGUGAUGAACUGGGGAGCUUGUGUCCACAUGGCCACCAGCGCCUGGAUUACUGGUUUUGUCUACUCUGCCCUGCACACGGGGAACACCUUCAGGUUACCCUUCUGCCACUCCAACGUUCUCAACCAGUUCUUCUGUGAAAUCCCCCAGCUCCUCAAGUUGGCCUGCUCUAACUCCUACCUCAGUGAACUUGGGCUUCUUGCCUUUAGUGCCUUUUUUGUUUUAAAUUGCUUUGUUUUGAUCAUUGUGUCUUAUGUUCAGAUCUUCAAAUCAGUGCUGAGAAUCCCCUCGGAGCAGGGACAGCAUAAAGCCUUCUCCACCUGCCUCCCCCACCUCAUUGUGGUCUCUUUAUUCCUUUGCACUGGUUUCGUUGAGUAUCUGAAACCCAACUCCAGAUCAGCAUCUGGGCUGGAUCUCAUGAUGGGUGUUCUCUAUGCCAUGGUUCCUCCAAUGCUGAAUCCGGUCAUCUACAGCAUGAGGAACAAGGAGAUCAAAGCUGCACUGAAGAAACUGACGGUGUGA